GCCACGAGCGACACCUGGCGCAGGCAGGCAGCGUCCAGCAGAGGGCUCCUCCUCCGCUUAUUUCCGAAGGAAGCGGCGGGGCGAGAGAAAUACGUUAUCCACCGGGGCCCUUCCCUUCUCCCGCCCACGAUCCCAGCAGAUCGACGGGAGCAGGACCCCCUGCUGGGGAGGGAUCUUGGGGACGCCCGCACGGAAAGGGACGCCAAGCUGCCGCAAGGGCCCGGAUCCCGCGUUGCAAAGCCCGAGCCCGACCGAGCUAUUGAUAAAAUGUUGACCCAACACAAAGAGGAGAAAACCGACCAGGAAAGUCUCUUGGAGGAGGGCAGCUCUAGGAGCACGCCUCACUUGAAGGCCUUUCUGGAAAGGCAUGGAACUGGGAUGCCGGAAGAACAAGUUCUCAAGAAGAAACACACGUGUCCCGAUUGCGGGAAGAACUUCUGCCGGCGUUCUGACCUUGUCCGGCACCGGAAACUCCAUACGGGAGACCGUCCGUUUAUCUGUUCCAAGUGUGGGAAAGGCUUUGUUCAGAGUACCCACCUCAUCGCGCACCAGAAAAGCCAUGUGCGAGAGAAGCCCUUUUUCUGUCCUCACUGCGGAAGAAGCUUCAACCAGAUCCUGAACUUCAACAGACACCAGAGAACUCACUUAAAGGAACCGCCGUUCCAGUGCUGCGACUGCGGGAAGACCUUCAGCCGCAGCUCAAACCUUAUUAUGCACCAGAGGGCGCACACAGGGGAGAGGCCCUAUAAAUGCUUCGACUGCGGAAAUAGCUUCAGCAGGAGCUCCACUCUCGUUACUCAUCAGAGAAUCCACACUGGCGAGAAACCCUAUAAAUGCCAGGACUGCUGGAAAAGCUUUGGCAGACGGUCGACCCUCGUGAUGCACCAGAGAAUCCACACUGGGGAGAAGCCUUAUCAAUGUCCCGACUGCCCGGAAAGCUUCAGCGUUAAAUCGGGUCUUCUAAGUCAUCAGAGAAUCCACAUGACCGAGAAGCCCUACCUUUGCCUGGAGUGCGGCAAAAACUUCUGCCGGAGCGCAGACCUUAUCAUCCACCAGAGAAUCCACACGGGAGAAAAACCCUACAAGUGCAACGACUGCGGCAAGAAAUUCAACACGAACUCGCACCUCGUCACUCACCUGAGGAUUCACACAGGGGAAAAACCGUACAAGUGUCCCGAGUGCGGGAAAGGCUUCUCUUACAGCUCGGUGCUUGUGGGCCACCAGCGGCUUCACACGGGAGAAAAGCCGUACGCCUGUCUUGAGUGCGGGAAAACCUUUCGCAACAAUUCGCACCUUAUCACACACCAGAGAGUGCACACGGGAGAGAAGCCUUACGAAUGUGCCGAGUGCGGGAGGGGUUUCAGUGUCAGUUCAAACCUUCGGAAGCACCGGAAAAUCCAUGAAAGGGAGACCUCUCUUAAAGAUUCUGAGUAGCAACCCUAGCUGAUGAAGUCCCAGUUAGGUGCUAGCAAAGCUUGCAAACCAGCGCUUCUCAACCUGUGGGUCCCCAGAUGUUGUUGGACUACAACUCCCAUCAUCCCAGAGCUCUGGCCUUGCUAGCUAGGGACGAUGGGAGUUGUAGUUCAACAACAUCUGGGGACCCACAGGUUGAGAAAGGCUGUUGGAAACGGAAAUUGAUGCACGGUGGGAGGUGCCUGAGAAAAACAUCAGGAAAAUCUUUUGCAACGCGGAAUAGGCAACAUGGCGCAUAGGGUAGCAAGGAACGCAGACCAGAUCUAGUCUUGGAAAGAUCUGGUUCUGGGAAAUCCUGACAACUCUGCUUCUCUAACGGGUGGGAUAGGAUGAGGAAUCUUCCG